AUGGCUCAAUCCGGUGUCUCCGUCUCCCCUGAGUGCAUCAGCACCUUCAACGAGCUUAAGCUUGGCAAGGACAUCAAGUGGAUCAUCUACAAGAUCAGCGACGACUGGAAGGAGAUUGUCGUCGAGGAGACUUCCAAGGAGGCCAACUUUGACGUCUUCCGUGAGAAGCUGCUCAAUGCAAAGAGCAAGGACCGCCGCGGCAAGGAGGGCAUUGGUGGUCGCUACGCCGUUUUCGAUGUCCAGUACGAGCUUGACAAUGGCGAGGGCUCCAGGAGCAAGAUCACUUUCAUCAGCUGGACACCAGAUGAUGCGCCACAAUACCCCCGCAUGAUGUACUCGUCCUCCAAGGAAGCCAUCAAGCGCGCUCUGAACGGUCUCGCCGCCGAUAUCCAAGCCAACGACGCCGACGACAUCGAGUUCGAGAACAUCAAGAGCCGCGUCGCCAAGGGCCGUUAA